UGUGCCAGGGGCACUUAGUGUACGCACGUAAGCAUGGCUGGUUGGCAGUCGGUCUUGCUUCGUGUUGAUAUUCAUGAGCUUCAUUACAUCAGCUCAUCUGAUCACCCACGUGGUCUCCUCGCGGUCUGUCGUGCCUGCACGCCGCAGCUCGCAUGCGGCCUCAGACCGCAUAGGCACGCUUGGCACAAAUCCGUAUAAGUCGCAGACGAUGUCGAGGAGGGUGAGAAUAGCGGGCCGUAAUGAGAUUAUAUUCGAGCAGGAUGAGUACAAGUGCAGUGCUGCAGCGGCUACAGCUAACAAAAGUGAUUCCAACUUGCUAGGAUCUCCACGAGAACAGCACAAUAUACCGGAGAACCUCGAGAAUAGACUCUACGACAUGUCAAGGAUGGGCGAAGGAGCUACGAGUCACCACAAGAACAAGACCAUCAAGGUCCCUCCGUUGGAGGACAGGACUGCAGUGGCACUGUCUUUCUACAAACUCGGCACAAGCUUCCGGUAUCGGAGGAGUGGGGAACCUCACCAUCUCACGCCCAAUGCCGAGGCCCACGGGUCUUCAAUCACUCGUUUCGGCCCGGAGUACAGAAGCAUCAUCAUGAGAGGCCAAGAAAACAGAGACCCUGGUGGGCCGUGCGUCCUCGCCGAUAUCAUCGUCAUUGGCGGCGGUUGA